AUGGUGCUCUGGGGUCUGGUGCUGGGAGCUCUGAUUGUGGCCACUGUGGGGUACCUGUGCCUGCAGGAGCUGCUCCGGCAACAGAGACCCAAGGAGCCCCCUCUGGAUAAGGGCUCCGUGCCCUGGCUGGGCCAUGCUUUAGCUUUCCGGAAGAAUAUGUUUGAAUUUCUGAAGCACAUGCGGGCUAAACACGGGGACAUAUUCACGGUGCAGCUAGGGGGCCAGUACUUCACCUUUGUCAUGGACCCUCUCUCCUUUGGCCCCAUCCUCAAGGAUACGCAGAGAAGACUAGACUUUGUGGAGUAUGCGGAAAGCCUGGUGCUAAAGGUAUUUGGAUACCGCUCCUUGCAGGGAGACUACCAGAUGAUACACUCAGCCAGCACCAAGCACCUCAUGGGGAAUGGCUUGGAGGAGCUCAACAAAGCCAUGCUGGACAGCCUGUCCUUGGUUAUGCUGGGGCCCACGGGCCCCAGUCUGGAUGCCAGUAGCUGGCGUGAGAAUGGCCUCUUUCACUUCUGCUACAACAUCUUGUUCAAGGCCGGCUACCUGGGCUUGUUUGGCUACACAAAGGACAAGGAACAGGACCUGCUACAGGCAGAGGAAUUAUUCGUGCAGUUCCGCAAGUUCGACCGCCUGUUCCCCAGGUUUGUCUACUCCCUACUGGGACCCCGGGAGUGGCUGGAAGUGGGCCGGCUCCAGCGUCUCUUCCAUAAGACGCUCUCUGUGGAACACAACAUGGAGAAGUACGGCAUAAGCAACUGGAUCACCUAUAUGCUUCAGUUUCUGAGGGAGCAGGGAGUCGCCCCAGCCAUGCAGGACAAGUUCAACUUCAUGAUGCUCUGGGCCUCCCAGGGUAACACAGGGCCUACCUCUUUCUGGGUCCUCCUGUUCCUCCUGAAGCAUCCAGAAGCCAUGCGGGCUGUGAGGGAGGAGGCCACCCAGGUCCUGGGAGGGGCCAGGCUGGAGGCCAAGCAGUCCUUCAACUUUAAUGUCGGUGCCCUGCACCGCAUGCCGGUGCUGGACAGCGUGAUGGAGGAGACACUGCGGCUGAGGGCCGCGCCGACCCUCCUCAGGGUGGUGCACAGUGACCACAGCCUGAAGAUGGCCAAUGGGCAGGAGUACCUGCUCCGCAAUGGAGACAUCCUGGCCCUCUUCCCUUAUCUCUCAGUGCACAUGGACCCCGACAUCCACUCGGAGCCCACCACCUUCAAGUACGAUCGCUUCCUCACCCCCAGCGGCAGCCGAAAAGUAGACUUCUACAAGGCAGGCAAGAAGAUCCACCACUACACCAUGCCAUGGGGCUCAGGUGUCUCCAUCUGCCCUGGGAGGUUCUUGGCCCUCAGCGAGAUGAAGCUCUUUGUCCUGCUCGUGGUCACACACUUUGACCUGGAGCUGGUGGACCCUGACACACCUGUGCCACCCGUGGACCCCCAGCGCUGGGGCUUUGGCACCACACAGCCCAGCCACGAGGUGCGAUUCCGCUACCGCCUGCGCCUGUGGAGUGAGCUCUGCCCAGGUGGCCGCAAGCCUGGCUAG